CGAAAAAAGGAAAAACGCAUGCAAAGAAUUAGACUUGCUUUCACGGACGGUAUGUGCAUCAUUGCCUCUUUCUCCUCCCUCCCUCCAGUUGGAAUAUCCUCAGUUUAGUAAAGUGGAAAAUCCACGGUUUCUCUCUUUUCCGAUGGGGAAACCCUAGAAAUGGCCUCCACUCUCUGUUGCGUGAUUGUUGUGAUUCUGGUGAAUUUUGCUACCAGCCAUGCCAGGAUUCCUACCACUCUGGACGGUCCCUUCACGCCUGUUACCGUCCCUUUUGAUCAGAGCUUGCGUGGAAAAGCCGUCGAUUUGCCCGACACCGAUCCCAGAGUGCGCCGCCGCGUCAAAGGCUUCGAGCCUGAGCAGAUUUCGGUCGCGCUCUCCGCCUCUUUCGAUUCCGCUUGGAUCUCUUGGAUCACAGGGGAAUUCCAAAUUGGUUAUAAUAUAAAGCCAUUGAAUCCCAAAACCGUCUCAAGUGUUGUUCGUUAUGGAACAUUAAGAUAUCCAUUACGUCGUAAAGUCAUGGGCUAUUCUCUUGUCUACAAUCAACUUUACCCUUUUGAGGGCCUCCAGAACUAUACUUCUGGAAUCAUUCACCAUGUCCGUCUCACAGGAUUGAAACCUAGUACACGGUACUAUUAUCGAUGUGGAGAUCCCACUAUUGGAGCCAUGAGUAACAUCUAUUCUUUCAGGACAAUGCCAGUUUCUGGUCCAAGGAGCUACCCAAGAAAAAUAGGAAUCAUUGGAGAUCUAGGUCUUACAUACAAUUCGACAACCACAAUUGAUCACUUGAUUAGUAACAAACCUGAUCUUGUUCUACUUGUGGGUGACGUAACAUAUGCAAACCAGUACCUCACAAAUGGAACUGGCUCUGACUGCUAUUCUUGCUCAUUUCCACAAACUCCAAUACAUGAGACGUAUCAGCCUCGUUGGGAUUACUGGGGAAGGUUUAUGCAAAAUUUAGUUUCUAAAGUCCCAAUGAUGGUGAUAGAAGGGAACCAUGAGAUAGAAGAACAGGCUGAAAAGAAGAAUUUUGUAGCUUAUAGUUCUCGAUUUGCAUUCCCUUCUAAUGAAAGCGGAUCGGCAUCAACAUUCUACUACUCCUUUAAUGCAGGGGGAAUACAUUUUAUCAUGCUUGGAGCCUACGCUGCUUAUAAUAAAUCAGCGGAUCAAUACAAGUGGCUGGAGAGAGACUUGGCUAAAGUUGACAGAUCCAUAACUCCAUGGCUGAUAGCUGCUUGGCACCCACCAUGGUAUAGUUCAUAUAAAGCCCAUUACAGGGAAGUGGAGUGCAUGAGGCAGGAAAUGGAAGAAUUGCUCUACUCUUAUGGUGUUGACAUAGUCUUCAAUGGACAUGUUCAUGCCUAUGAGAGGUCAAAUCGAGUUUAUAACUACACAUUAGAUCCUUGUGGUCCUGUUCAUAUUAUGGUAGGAGAUGGGGGUAAUCGGGAGAAGAUGGCAAUUGAACAUGCUGAUGCACCUGGUAAAUGUCCAGAGCCAUCAACUACUCCUGAUACAUUCAUGGGUGGAUUUUGCGCAACAAACUUUACAUUUGGUCCAGCAGCAGGUAAGUUCUGUUGGGACCGGCAACCUGAUUUCAGUGCCUUAAGAGAAAGUAGCUUUGGCCAUGGGAUCCUGGAGGUGAAGAAUGACACAUGGGCCCUGUGGACCUGGUACCGGAAUCAAGACUCUAGAGAUAAUGCUGGGGAUCAAAUUUACAUUGUCAGGACACCUGAUAUGUGCCCCACCCUUUCAGCUGUAACUAAACUUUGGUCUGCAGCCAGAUGAAUUCGUUACUUUUGGAGAUAAUUCCAGUAGAGUUGAUGGAAGAAACAAUAACUCCGCAUAGUCUGCGAAUAGGUUACUUUACUCACACUUGAGAUAUGAUCACUAAAUGGCUAACCACACUGAAAUGUUGUUGUUUGGUAGCCCGUUGUGUUGUAAAUUGUAUAAGAAAAAAAAUAUAUAUUGUAGUGGGCUGCACUGGCUAAGAAAUAUGUCAAAUCACAGGUAUCUUUUUGUAGUUA